CGAGGCCAGCGCGGGUCACGUGAUGCCCGGCCCGGAAGCGUUAGCACCCGAGACCCUCGGGUGACCGGGUCAGGGGCUGCCGCUUCUAGUGAUCGCGGAGGUCGCGGGGGGCCCCUGUAGUGUUGCGCUCCCCACCUCCACCGCCAUGGCCUGGACCAAGUACCAGCUGUUCCUGGCCGGGCUUAUGCUGGUCACCGGUUCCAUCAACACACUAUCGGCAAAGUGGGCGGACAACUUCGUGGCCCAGGGCUGUGGAGGGAGCAAGGAGCACAGCUUCCAGCAUCCCUUCCUCCAGGCAGUGGGCAUGUUCCUGGGGGAGUUGUCCUGCCUGGCUGCCUUCUACCUGCUCCGGUGCAGAGCUGCGAGGCACCUAGAUACCAGCAUGGAUCCUCAGCAGCCCUUCAACCCCCUUCUUUUCCUGCCCCCAGCCCUCUGUGACAUGACCGGGACCAGCAUCAUGUAUGUGGCCCUGAACAUGACCAGCGCCUCCAGCUUCCAGAUGCUGCGGGGAGCGGUGAUCAUAUUCACAGGCCUGUUCUCAGUGGCCUUCCUCGGGCGGAGGCUGGCCCUGAGCCAGUGGCUGGGCAUCCUCGCAACCAUCGCAGGGCUGGUGGUCGUGGGUCUGGCGGACCUUAUGAGCAAGCAUGAUGAUCAGCACAAGCUCAGCGAAGUGAUCACAGGGGACCUGCUGAUCAUCAUGGCCCAGAUCAUUGUCUCCAUCCAGAUGGUGCUAGAGGAGAAGUUCAUCUACAAGCACAAUGUGCACCCAUUGCGAGCAGUUGGCACUGAGGGCCUCUUUGGCUUUGUGAUCCUCUCCCUGCUGCUGGUGCCCAUGUACUACAUCCCGGCCGGCUCCUUCAGUGGAAGCCCUCGUGGGACGCUGGAGGAUGCACUGGAUGCCUUCUGCCAGGUGGGCCGGCAGCCACUCAUCGCGCUGGCACUGCUGGGCAACAUCAGCAGCAUUGCCUUCUUCAACUUCGCGGGUAUCAGUGUCACCAAGGAGCUGAGCGCCACCACCCGCAUGGUGCUGGACAGCCUGCGGACCAUUGUCAUCUGGGCGCUGAGCCUGGCACUGGGCUGGGAGGCUUUCCACCCACUGCAGAUCCUCGGCUUUGUCAUUCUCCUGAUGGGCACUGCCCUCUACAAUGGGCUGCACCGCCCAUUGCUGAGCCGCCUGUCCCGGGGCCGGCCCCCAACAGAGGAGGGCGAGCGUGAGAGACUGCUGGGUGCCUCUCGGACUCCCAUCAAUGAUGCCAGCUGAGCCUCCUGCGGGGCCUCUGCUGCCACCUGGAUGCACCUUAUUUGCCCUGAGGCUGAGGCCACACAGGCUGGUGAGCCUCAAGAGUGCCCUGUCCCCAAGGCCCCUCCUCCCCACAGACCGCCAGGACAGAAUACCCAGGAUGUAAUACCCAGGUCCUCCUUUGUCACCUCCCCCUGCAGAAAGGUGCUUCCCAGCCCCCACAGGUGUGAAUGAAUGCAGUGACUGAGCCCACCAAGCUUCCCCUAACCCCCUAAACCUCUCUGGCAGCACCAAAGUUAAUCAUCAAGUGGCAUGGCAGGAACUAACAACCCUAAGAUUUCCUCCUAAAUCAUAAGCUAAAAUUGGUUCUCCAAUGAAGAGAGGUGAGGGAGCAAAUUCAAACCAGAAGUAUUGUAAUUUUAAAAACUUGGAAGAUAUUCCCUAACCUUGUUUGGGGCCCUAGGUUUUGCAAACUCAGUGUCUGUUCCCAGCCCAUUCAUUACCUAGUCUCUGUGGGCCUUGGUGUCCUGCUCUGCAAAGCAGAAGGUGUCGACACUGGCUUCAGGGCCUUCCACCCCCAGCUGGGCCCACUCUGUGGGGCAACCUAGGAAAGGAGUAAUAGCCCAUUAUUGGAAAUUCCCCUCUGCCCACAGUGCCUCCUCCCCAGGCCUGUUUUGAUGUUCCGCGUCCUAGCUCACACAUCCUCUGCCCUGGGAGAGGUUACAGCGGGAUUCCAGGCAGCCCUUGAUAACAGCUUUUAUGAACCCUGCACCUUCCAUUUCAAAGAUGAGGAAGCUGAGGCCCAGAAGUACAAGUUGUUUGGCAAGAGGGGUAUCCUGCCAUGGGCUCUGGCCAUACAAGCCACAUGGUUCUGCCACAGGCUGGGAUCUAGAACACAUCUGGACCUCAGCCCCACCGCCAGCAACCUGACUCCAUGAGCACCCUCCAGGGUGGUGGAUUGAGCAGGAUCCUGCCAUUCAGAGUAGUUCUGGUAUCCCAGGAUUGUAUUAAGUGCUGAACUUUUAUUCUCUUGCAUAACAACCUGCACAGGUCGGUGCAGAUCAAGGAAAUCAAGGUCCAGAGAAGGUUAAGUGACUUCCUCAUGGAACCUAUAUUCCAAGCAAGGCUCGCCUGAUUCCAAAUCUGUGGCCCCACCUACCAUAUGGGUCUCUGGGGGCUUUGGGGGAAAUUUCCUGUGGCUGGAAUAGAAGCAUCGUGCUGGUGUCCUCCUGGUAGCACCACCCCCACCUCCCAAACCCCCCGCAAGAGAGAGGACUGGCAUUAGGGACUCCAGAGAGCUGAGUGGCCCUUCAUUCCAGCGUUCCUCACUCCUUGGCAGUUUCUGGAGCUUUAGACCAUUUUCCUGGGCAGCUCAAUCAUAAAACAAAAUACCAAAUGCCUUCCUUAAAAUAGAUUCUAAGGGAAGGCAUCCCUGACAAGCAAAACCCUCGGGCUGCAUGGGAAUCCAGCAGGUUAAAGUUUGCUAGGAGAAGAGGGUCUUUGCAUCCCACCAGCUCCGAGUCCCUGGCGCCACUGAGCACCUCUGGGUCAUGGUGUGUGUCCUGGGAAGAAGGAAAUGGAGAGUGAGGGUGGCGGGGACUACACCUGCCUUGUUCAAAAUGAGGCCUGAGAAUGUUUUAGGCUUUGUUUGAAAAAAGAAAAGGGAAAUUGGCAGUAGGACUAUUUUUUAAAUGAGGGAAGCAGCACCAGGGUUGGGACGUUCCUGGGCAUAGCAUCUAGAAUAUUGUUGAAUCCAAAAGCUCUGAUGUACCAAAGCCUAGAACUCUCCCAGUCCACCAUAUGUUGUUCAGAGGAAGGAACUUCCCAAGGUCAUAUAGCCAGUGAUGGGCAAAGCCAGAGUUCCUGGUUCCCAGACCUUGCCCACCCCUUUCUGCCACAGGGAACACAGCCGGGAGUCUGGAAGAAUCCACGACUGUUCCUUUGCCAUGGGCUGCCCAGCCUCUGUGCUCAACUGUGCAAACUGCUUAAGAGGGUGUUCGGGAAGCACUUGGCCUUUAUUUGAGUGUUGCCAUGGAGGACUGUGAAAGCUUUUGGGGAGAAUUAUAAUGGAACUUCAGUGGUGAGGGGUAGCAUAGCCUGAGGAGAGGGAUGCCCCAUCAGGCCUGCCACCGACUCAAGCCAAUUGCUUUACCUCCUGGGGCUUUGGGUCUUCGUAUCUCUAAAAUGGGAAAGCCUAACGGGAUGAGUAUGAAAAUUACAUAAGAUAAUAAAUCACAGGUGCCUAUAAAUGUUAACACACAGUGGGGUGUAUGUUUAGCUCCACUGUCCACCAGGGUGGUCUGUCAGGGGCACUGAAGUCCCAGCUGAGCACAGCAUGGCAUCAGCUUUGCUGAGAGGGAAAGAAAUGUUUUAUUAAAAUACCGUCAUGGAGUAAAAUGCAAAAUUCAUAUCAGUUAUAGUGAUAGAGGAUAAAACAGAAGCCUCAAGAAUAUUUCAUGCUGACAGUAGAUACCAUCCCAGACCCUGGAGAUGUGUUCACUCUAUCCUGUUGUGCUUUGGGGGGUGAGUUUGAGACGCUUUGCUGUGUCGUGCUGAUUAUGUAGAUGGAGGGUAAGAACCUCUACUCUCAGUGAGUCUGGAGGGUUAUAGGGAAUGUCUAGCUGUGGCCUACCGUUCUCAGUGGAGUAAGGAGGCCCUAAAUGGUGGAAGUUUGGCAUAGAGGCGCUGAACCCCCAAAUAAGAAUUGACUGGUAUCAGACUUCUGUAAACAUUGGUUCAAAUACAAUGUAAUUUAAACCAUCUGUACCGUGGUGAACUCAUCAGUCCCUGCCCCUGAGUGCUUCUGAGGGAGCCUAGGGCUGGGGUUUCCUUUAGGACUGCCUGUCUGGGCCCUGGAGUAGGCCUCAGGCUCCUCUCGUCAGGAAUCUGCCUACAAAGCAGAGAGGUAGGACCGUGCCAAGUGGUUCUGCUUGCCUUCACUUUGUCCAAAGGUCUCUGCAUAGUUUAACAAGCAAACAGCAUUCCAGGAGGUCAGAGCUCUGACCCCUGAUGAGGACAGGCUGAGGACGGGAGCAAAGGGUCACCUGGUGUAGGGGAAAGAAGCAACAUUAAGAGUCAGCUGUGUCCUUAGCCCUGCCUCUGCCUUGACUGGCUGUCCUUGGACAAGUCAUGUUACCUUUCAUGACCUUGGCUACCUAUAAAAAGGAGAGGUUCUCAGCAGCCCUAAAUGUGUUCAUCCCUUUGACCUGUUUAUCGAUCGAUACCAUUCUUUCCGAUUUGCUUUGGUUUAGAGCCCCCUGGCCUUUUGUUGACUACAUCCUUUCAAAACCUGAGGUCAGCAGGGAGCUCCCUACGUAGCCAUGAAAGUUUACAAAUCACCCUUCUUCAUUAAGAACUCUUGUCAAAAAAAAAAAAAAA